AUGAAUAAUCUCCAUAUCGUCAACGACGUAGCGACAAAUACCUUGUCCGAGAACGUGGCCCUCUUCUUUGAAAACGAUAUGAGCAGCAAUGACUUGAGCACAAGCAGUAGCGAACGAUCGCAUUCCAUGACUGCAAUUGACAAUCUUGUUUUGCGUCGUAUGCAGAACGCUGCAACGGCAAGAUGGAGUUCGUCAUCUCCACCAACGAUGGCAAGUGUUUCAGAGCCGAAUCAUCACCUUGACGACGAAGGUGGUUCACGCCACAACCACACCCGGCGUCGCCACAGAGAUCCUGUGCGACGAAGAAAGAGCAGAAGUGUAAGCCCGCAUAACGGUAGACAAAACAAAGCAGAAGGAAACAUUGCACCUUCUCACAGACAUACCGGUAUCCCUCAGCACAGUUCGGCACCUGCCGUGGUUGGUUCAGGCUCACCCAGGACACUCCACCGCGCCACUCGUCACGCUACUACAAGAAGGCAGGGCGGUGCCGCAAUGGAUGGUUUCAUGGAAGUCAGGGUAGGCUCCCUGGCAAGGGUGCACAACAAACCAACCAGGAGCAUCAUGGCCACAUUCGUGCCACAAGCGCCAACAAGUCCCCAACGUGAUGAUGGACACAAGGACGUGGAUUCCUCUUUGGACACAUCGUCCCAUCAGAGAAGUGGCCGUCGUAGGCUUGCUCAUGCCGUGCAAUCCUUUGCACAACGGACACAAUCACGGGCUCCCCGUCGCCAAGCUGCUGGGCUUCGGAACUUCAAGAUGACGAUGAUUCAAGUCGAUCAGUGCUGGGUUGUCUCGACUGCCGGUAUGAAGCACCAACAACCCUCCAAGGCAUUUCUUCCCACAAAUACUAAUCCCCGCAGCCGCCUUCAGUUUUGGAGCACCAGCAAUUCCUCUUCGACCAGUAGUAGUAUCAAGAAUCAACCUCCAACACCAGUACCCGUGUUACCUCGGCGCAUUGGAAUGACCAAUACUGCUGCUUGA